GACCAACUUAAGAGGGUUGGGGCUCCGAAGGACUGCCCUCCGCGGCGGGAGGAGAGUCUUUCUCCCGGAUCAGCCCCGUCGGCACAUCGGCUCUCAAACGCCCAUCGACGGCAGUCGCUGUCCGAGCGCCGUGGUGCUGAAACGAGAGCUCCGAGUCCGCGAGGCUGCCAGUUCGGUGCGCGCUUCUUCGGAGCUGUCCGCGGACACCAGGUGCUGAACUUCUUCCCCUUGGCCUUGGUCUACUCUUCCCCCCCCCCCGCCGGAGUUCUGUUGAGCCUCGAUGGGAAACAACGAGGGGAACCCUUCUUCAACAAGAGACGAGAUGCUCAUCUAAGAAGCCAGCCUACUCCACGACCCACCUGAGCGUCUUCCCGCCAUCUCCAGUUGGGUGCUAACUCCGCUCCCGUAUCUGCUGCCGCCGCCGCCGCCGCUCUCUGUUCUGCCUAACCAUGGCUUUCAUGGUGAAGUCAAUGGUUGGUGGGCAACUGAAGAAUCUCACCGGUGGCUUGGGGGGAGAAGACAAAGGAGAAGGGGACAAAUCUCCAGCGGAAGCCCAAGGAAUGACGAAGGAAGAAUAUGAAGAGUAUCAGAAGCAGCUGGUGGAAGAAAAGAUGGAACGUGAUGCCGAGUUUGCCCAGAAGAAGGCUGAGCGUGCUACUCUGAGGACUCACUUCCGUGACAAAUACAAACUGCCCAAGAACGAAACCGAUGACAACCAGAUCCAACUAGCUGGGGGUGACGUGGAGCUGCCUAAGGAGCUGGCCAAGAUGAUAGAGCAAGACAACGAGGAAGAAGAGGAAAAGGACUCUGUUAUCGGACAGCUGACCAACAUCCAGAACCUAGACCUAGAUUCCUUGAAGGACAAAGCCCAAGCCACCAUAGAUGACCUGAAGCAGUCCGCUGAGAAAUGCGCCGUCAUGUGACUCCAUGCUGCCUCUUGAUCCCAGUUGGUCAACUUGGGACCCGUGUGAGUGGGGUGGGGUGAUCUGUAAGGGGGCAAGGCUGAUCUUAGUCGAUGAGAAAGACCCAACAGACGCCCAACGAGUUUGUCUUCCUUGUGUGCGCGUGUGCGUGAGCUGAGUAUUUUCUUUGCAGCCCAAAUCCCCUCCCUUGUAACGUAUAUCCUUCCUCCUUCCAUCCCUCUUCAGUGGACAUGAGGUGUGCGUACCUGUCUCAGGUUAGAACCAUCCGUUGUUUGACCCUCCCCACCCCUUCCCUUACCACGGUCCACCUUGAAGUGCUACCUCUCUCCGACCUUCUCCCUUUCCUCAUACAUCUUAGACAGUCUAUCUUCCAUCAACCUUUUGAUGGAGAAGGAUAAGAGCCAUUUACUAUCCCGGGAGUCGUCCUGGCUGUGUACUGAAAUGAAUAUGCACCAUACACCAUACACUCUUACACACACACCAGGGGUGAGUUCUACUUACCUUUACUACCGGUUCACAAUGGGAGUGCAGAUUGUCAAUUAUGACGUCCUAGCGGGUGGACGGAGCCUCCUACCGCUUUUACUACCGGUUCGUAAGAACCAGACAGAACCGGGAGCAACCCACCACUGACACACAUCCCUUCUAUACAGAAACCCAAUUUGAAGAGGGAACUUCUUGUAGAAAGAGGCUGAAGCAGCAAAGGAACCCUUGCCAAGAGAAGUUCCAAGUCUUGUAAAUUAGGUGGCUUGGCCACUUGUACGUCUUCCAGUUCAAGGCUUGGGGGCAAGAGAAAAUCCCACCCACUUCCUCUGCCGUAGCUCCCUACUAUGAAUCAGAACUUCCAGAAUUUCAGAAAGCCCAAUUCUAUCGUCCCCCCUAUUUUCCAGGUGGAGAAAACACAGCUUGGGCCUCUCAUUCUACCCCUGAAGCCAUACAAGGAUGAAGGUCUCUUUGGUUGGUGCUUAAUCAACCAUAAUCCCGUAGGCGUUUUUGUGCUCUGUUUCAAUGUCUAACAAUACAUCCUCCUGGGACCUUCUCACUGUCAUGUUUUCAACAACUAGCGGGAAGGGUAUAAUUACCUGUGUAACAAACGUGGCAAUCUUUAUGUUGUAACGUGACUAUGCAGUAUUCUUUGACCCUCGACCUUCGAUGCUUCCCUUCUUUUUUUUUUUUCCAUGGUACUGUUUGAUUUGGUGGAAUAAAGACCAAGCUUCUAUGCA